UCAAGCUCACCAUCUUUCUUUUCUCUUGAUCAUCAUCAUCAUCAUCAUCAUCAUCAACUAAUUAACAAUUCUUUUUGUAACACUUUAAUUUACUAAUAGUUUCUUGAUUAUUUCACAACGAUGGCGGUUUCUUCGUCAGUUUUAAGAUCAACUUUUCUGUCUACCGUCAACUCGCAAGAUAAUUAUUCGUUCAACAGUGCUCGUAAACCCACUUCUGUUGCAGCUAGCAAGCGAAAGUUUAAUGGAGUUGUAGCUUCAUUAGAGAGUCAUGCAAGUGAUUAUGAUAUGAAUGGCUUGGUUAUGAGAGAUCAAGAAUUGAAAGAUAAGAGAGCACUCAACUUUUCAGGAACUAAACCAGCUACACCUGUUCUUGAUACUAUUAAUUUCCCAAAUCACAUGAAGAAUCUUGCUGUUCAGGAUCUUGAAAGAUUGGCUGAUGAACUAAGGGAGGAGAUAGUAUACGUAGUUUCGAAAACUGGAGGACACUUGAGUUCAAGCUUAGGAGUUGCGGAGCUAACUGUGGCACUGCACCAUGUUUUCAGCACCCCUGAGGAUAAAAUAAUUUUUGAUGUUGGCCAUCAGGCAUAUCCACACAAGAUUUUAACAGGAAGGAGAUCAAAAAUGAACACAAUCAGACAAACAUUUGGAUUAGCAGGAUUCCCAAAGAGGGAUGAGAGUGAACAUGAUGCAUUCGGAGCAGGACACAGUUCGACAAGUAUUUCAGCUGGAUUAGGAAUGGCAGUCGGAAGAGAUUUAAUUGGUAACAACAAUCAUGUAAUUGCUGUGAUUGGAGAUGGUGCCAUGACAGCAGGACAAGCAUAUGAAGCAAUGAAUAAUGCAGGAUAUCUUGACUCUAAUCUUAUUAUUAUUUUAAAUGAUAAUAAACAAGUUUCUCUGCCUACCGCUACGGUGGACGGUCCGGCACCUCCGGUUGGUGCUCUUAGCAAAGCUUUAACGAAGCUACAGUCGAGUCGGAAGGUUCGCCAGCUCCGCGAAGCUGCCAAGGGAAUUACAAAGCAAAUCGGUGGCCAAACACAUGAAAUUGCUGCUAAAGUUGACUCAUAUGUGAGAGGAGUAGCAGCUGGAGCUGGUGUUUCUUUAUUUGAAGAGCUUGGUCUCUAUUAUAUUGGUCCAGUUGAUGGCCAUAAUAUGGACGAUCUUGUAACUAUUUUAAAGAAGGUCAAAACUUUGCCAGCACCAGGACCUGUUCUUAUUCAUGUCAUCACUGAAAAAGGAAAGGGUUAUGAACCUGCUGAAGUUGCUGCUGAUAAAAUGCAUGGUGUUGUGAAGUUUGAACCUUUAUCUGGGAAGCAAAUGAAGACAAAAUCAAACACUAAAGGCUACACUCAAUACUUUGCUGAGACAUUGAUUGCUGAAGCACAAGAAGAUGAUAAAAUUGUGGCAAUUCAUGCAGCAAUGGGAGGAGGAACUGGUCUUAAUUUGUUCCAAAAACAAUUCCCAGAGAGAUGUUUUGAUGUUGGGAUUGCAGAACAACAUGCUGUUACUUUUGCUGCUGGUUUAGCUACCGAAGGCCUUAAGCCUUUCUGUGCUAUCUACUCUUCUUUCCUUCAAAGAGGCUAUGAUCAGGUGGUUCAUGAUGUGGACUUGCAAAAGCUUCCGGUGAGAUUUGCAAUAGAUAGAGCUGGUCUAGUUGGUGCAGAUGGUCCAACACAUUGUGGAGCAUUUGAUGUUACAUACAUGGCUUGUUUACCAAACAUGGUUGUAAUGGCUCCAUCAGAUGAAACUGAACUCAUGCACAUGGUUGCCACAGCUGCAGCCAUUGAUGACAGACCUAGUUGCUUCAGGUACCCCAGAGGAAAUGGCAUUGGCACCCCUCUGCCUCUGAACAACAAAGGCUCACCUUUAGAGAUUGGUAAGGGAAGAAUUCUAAGAGAAGGAAAGAGAGUUGCAAUUCUUGGAUAUGGAACAAUAGUACAAAGCUGUUUAGCAGCAGCUGAUCUUCUUAAGAAACUUAAUAUCACACCAACUAUUGCUGAUGCAAGAUUCUGCAAGCCUCUCGAUGGCCAAUUGAUCAGGCAGCUUGCUCAAGAGCACGAGAUUCUCAUCACUAUCGAAGAAGGAUCCAUCGGAGGAUUCAGCUCCCACGUCUCUAAUUUCUUGAGCUUAAACGGAUUACUAGACGGAAAUCUUAAGUGGAGACCAAUGAUGCUUCCUGAUAGAUAUAUUGACCAUGGAUCACAAACUGAUCAGAUUGAAGAAGCAGGACUGAGUGUAAAACACAUUGCAGGGACAGUUGUGUCAUUAAUUGGAGGACCAAAAGACAGUCUUCAUCUUCUCAAUUUAUAAAUUUCAAAAUGUUAAAUUUUAUUUCAUUGGACUAAAUAAUGUGCCUUAUUCUUUUUCUUUAAUUGAGUCUGUAUAUUUUGAAUGUUAUAGCAAGGGGAAUAAUGUUCUUUGCCAAAUAAGUCAAGAUUGUACUGCAUUUAAAUUAAGUAGUUGUAUCAAUAAUAUAUUUUUUUCUUGAAAUUAAUUAACUCAAUUAAUCUCAGUACUUCAGUUUA